AUGGAAAGCGUGAAGAAAUGGUUGACGGAGCGAACUGCAAAGAAGAACGGCAUUUAUGUACACUAUAGCCCGCCUAAAGUGGUAGGUGUAGUAUCAGCAGCUCAAUUGCGACAGUGGGCACGCGGCGGCGUGGACAGCAGACUGGAGCGAGCAGUCCUCGCAGGGCAAGGCCGACGGCUGCUGGCCGAGGCCGAAGCUAUGCACAUAUCUAGCCACCUGACACAUCUGGUCGCCAAGUGCGAUGCUCUCCAUGCAGCUGUUGAAAGAGGAUCGCUGCUUGAUCUCCAGGUAUUACUGGAGUUAUUAGAGAGCGACUACAAUCGCCGUAAAUAUGUGAUGUGUCGGGACGAGGCGAGUGUCGGGCUCCUUCACAAAGCCGUCUACUACGACUUCAUGGACAUCGCUGCCUAUCUCGUCAAGAAUUACCCUCAGCUAGUGCAUCAGAAGGAUUCGGAGGGCCGCACACCAUUGCACUACACGGUGUUAUGUCGUGACGAGGCCGGCGCGGCAAGCCUUCUGGAGGGCGCGGGGGCGGCUCGGGCCGUCCGCGACGCUGCCGGCCGAACACCCGCACAUUACCGCGGCACCGCGCGCGAGCUUCUCGUUCUUCCCGACACAGCGAUGGCGCGCGACAACAAAAACGCACCAGGUUUGGUGAUCAAGCGUCACAACAUUAGAAUAUGGUGCCAUGACUGUGAUAUGGUGCGACUGCAGCGCGUUGUUUGGGAGGGCCACGGCUCAAGGCUUCUCAGUGAAGUGUCUAACCAGCAUGUCGUCAAACGUUUUCUGGAAGCUGUGCCUUACAUUAUGAACACCAUCCGCGAUAUCCACAAUGACGUCAUACAGAACGAUCUGGAAAGUUUGAUGAAGCAUGCUGGUGACCCUGUACCGCCUCAAGCUUUGUCCAGCAGAGAUCCUAACUUUAUGACCGUUUUACACAAGGCUGCUGGUCUCGGGCAUGGUGGUAUUCUCAAGUACAUCGUUGAAAGGUAUCCUCAAGGUAUAAAUGACGUAGACAAUGAUGGGCGUACACCUCUUCACUAUGCUGCAUCCGUGAGAGAUGAACAACAUACAUACAACACAUUAGUCAGUCUGGGAGCUGAUGAAAGCGUUGUUGAUAACAAAAACAGAACACCAGGUUAUUACGUAAAUAGACCACAAGACGUAGACAAGAACAAUUUUAAGAUAUUACCUGAUGCGCCUAGAACUCCAUCAAGUGCAUACCCAAGUUCUUGGGAUUGGAAGCUAUUGGACACUGAAGUCAUAGCUGAAUUGAAUAAAAAGUCUAGGCGGAGGCACUUAAAAGCUUCAAAUGAAAAUAUAUCUUCAAAAGAUACAAAUACUGUCUCCGAUACCACUGACAACCAAACCGGUGGAAUGAAAGGCAGCAGCACGCAUGAACAUAUUAAUAGUUUGCCUGAAUUAGAUGAUGCGAAACAGACAAAAGACGAUAUUGAAAAUCGCAUUGCAAACGUAGAAAGUAAUAAGGAAUCAGAAGUCGACGAAAAUAAUGAAGAUCAAAACAAUUUACAUUUGUUACAAAAUAAUGAGGAAGAACAAGAGGCAGAAUCCAGUAAUGUAAAUGCAGAGGAGCCCAACAACGAUGUCGAAGAAGUUACUGCUGACACAGAAAAUAAUACUGAAAGAAAAGAAGACACAAAGAAUAUAAAGAAAGAAAACAACGAAAUCGAAGAAGAAGACAAAGAGAAAGAAGAAAAGGGCAAUGAAAAAGAAGAAACUAAUGAGAAAGAAGAAGCCAACGAAGACGAAAAAGAAGAAGCUAAUGAAGAAGAAGAAGAAGCCAAUGAAAAAAAAGACGGUGACGAAAAAGAAGAAAAAAAUGAAGAACACAACAAAAUGGAAGAAGAAAAAGACACCAAAAAAGAAGAAGAAGAAGACAAUAAAGAAGAAGAAGACAGCAAAGAAGGGGAAGACAACAAAGAAGGAGACAAAAGUAAUGAAGUAGACGACAGUAAGGAAGAAAAAGACAACAAAAAGGAUGAAGAAAUUGUUGGUGAGUUGCUUAAAGAUCAUAUACACACUGACACAAACACUAACGAAAUCGUAGAUAGAUUACAACAGGAACUGGAACAAGCUGAAGUUAAAUCCAAAAAUGAAAAUGAACAUGAAAAAGACUAUGAUGAGCGUGAGUCUAUAAUAGGUCAGACUCGUGAUACCACAGAAGAACAACUUUCUAGAAAUAUAAAUAUGAAUUACGCUGAAGGUAAUGACAAGGCUAAUGAAGAGACUGCUAACGUUAUUAAUUUUAUAGCGGAAAAUGAAGAAACAAGGCAUAUUAAAGACAAUUCAAAUCGUGAUAAUGAGGGCAUAACAGUAGAACACAAUAGUCUUAGUGACGAUCACCCUGAGCAUGAGGAACAUGAUUUAAGUGAUACUGAGACUAAAGAUAACAAGUCUCAUGCAAGUAUAGAAAACAAAAGUGAUAAAGUUGCCGAGGAUGAUGCUACUACAAACGAAGGUAAUAAUAAUGGUGAGCAUAACGAAGAUGAUGACGAUGUUCAAGUACAAGGAGAAACAAAUUCUGAAUAUAGUGAUUCGAACCUUAAAAGUACAGCGGAACUGUUUGACUUGGAAAGUGCCAAGAGAGGAAACGUGUCCAACGGCAGAAGUACACAAGAAAGUCUUAUAGAAGGUCUCGUAAGUGCCGAUGCCGAGCAGGAUUCACAGGAUGCAAGCAUGACGCAAAGAGAAGAAUCAGUGCAUGGAGAAGUUCUUGUUGUUGACAAUGAGAUAGACCCAGAAGUAACAGAUUUAAUUAAUAACGCAAACAUGGAAAUGCUGGCUACGUUAGUUUUAAAUGGGGAAGGCUCAAGACUAAUAGGAAGACAUUCAAGAAAUUCUGAACUACAAGCAUUCCUAGAUAAUGUUCCAACAUACAUGCAAAAAAUAAACAAAGUUCACAUAGCUGCAAGGGAAGGAAAUAUUAGAGAUCUUCAGGCUGCUCUGGAUAGAAGAAAAUUUGCUAUAGCUCGCGAUCCAAUAUCACCAAACGGAGCUACACCUUUGCAUGUGGCAACAAUAUUUGGAAAAACGAAUAUAAUGAAAUACUUGGGUGGUAGGUUUCCUGAAACUCUCUCAGCGGUUGAUUUUGAAGGCAGAACUGCUUUACACUAUGCAGCAGUCUUGCCAGAUAAUGGACAUUAUUACAAUUUACUUCAACAACUGGGUGCCAAUUCAAAAGAUUUAGAUGACAAUGGUAGGUCGGCUGAGGACUAUCAGAAAAAUCCGGCCGCAUUACCAUUCGAUCAACUUCUAUCGGAUUAUGGUAUCAGUGCAGAUGAUGUGCAAAAUAUGUUUUCCGACAAAGUGCCCGAGGAUCAUGUAUCGUCUCGACGCAUUUUGGAAGCCCCCGAGGCUCUGGAUACAUUGGAUCGAUGCUACCGCCUCCUCGCUUCUGCUAAACCAGUCCGUACGCCUUUAUCGGCUUCAUCUAAUAGAGCCACUCCUCCGCUAGUUCUUGGAAGAUUCCUUAAAAAGCAUGUUUUUGACAGUAUCAAAUAUAGAGUGACAAAACUUGAUCAUGAUCUUUUUGAUGUCAUUUGGCCUGCUGUUAAGAAACUUCCUGAUAAUAGAAAUAUAGUACAAACAGUUGAAGAAGACUUCCCAGGAGGCAUAACAGCCCCAGAUUAUUAUGUAUAUAAAGUGUUUCAUGAGUUUUUAAUGCCCUUAAUAAAGGAUCUUCACAACAUAAAUAUCAAUUCAGAGUUACCAAUACAUCCUAAAUCGGACUUUUUACAAUCCUCGUCUGCGAAGUUAUCUAAAGAACCUCUUGUUGAAUUAAAUUUUGAUCCAAAUGACGAAUUUAUACUUUCUGGUUCAAUAGAAUGCGCUCGAAACUUAGAAGGUUUUGAACUACCUUUAAAUUUAAAAGUGGGAAAGCUGGAAACUAUAGAAAGAAUUGUAACUACAAUAUUGAUGCAAGAAGAAUUUUCGAAAUUUUGUGAACAGACUAACCCGGAAUCAGAUCAGAAAGGAGGUACUUACUACACAUUAAACGAGGUUAUGGAAAAGCCAUCUGAAAUUUGCGCCACGCUUGCAUCGAGUGGUCUAUUGAUAGCUCUCUGCGAUAGAGAAGAUAUUGAUGACAGUAUGAGGCUACAUGGCAGGCAUUGGCCUUAUGGACGAGGUGUAUUUGUAAGUGAUGACAAAAGUGUUGCUGUAUGGAUUAACGUCCAUGACCAUAUUCGAAUACUUGUCUCUACCCCACAAGAAUCACCGGGAGAAGUAGGUCUUCCGUUUAGUAAACUAUCUUACAUAAUGACUUAUCUUCACGAAAAACUUGACUUCGUGUUUGAUGUCAAACUGGGCCACUUAUCAGCUAGACCAACUUAUUUGGGUGCUGCUAUUCGCUUUAGUCUUAUCGUUAAUUUUCCUGGACUGUCAAAGGAUCCAGACAACAUGAAACAUUUAUGUGCUAUGAGAGGUCUGCAGUACCGUGAAACUUUAAGUACUGACAUCGCCAGAAUUAGCAACUACCAAUGCUUGGGUAUAACUGAGGGAAGCUGUUUCCAUGAUUUCGGCACAGCAGCUUCUAAUCUUCUUCAUCUUGAAAAGGAUUUAUCGAUGCAAAAUUCAGCCCAUAUAGCAACAAUGUUAUCAAAUAUAUUUCGAAGAAAGAGAAGUAGCUUAACUGGUCAAGAGAGUCCAGAAAAAAAGGAGAAGUUAUAA